UCCUCUUCUUCCCUUUCUUCCUCCUCUUUCUUCUUCGAUUUCGGCCCAUGGAGCGGCAAGAUUGGAACAUGAUCGGUGCCGAUUGUAUCGUCUUAUCGUGUUGUUGUCAAUGUCUGCUCCUACAACUCCUAGUAUUCGUCUUGCUUAAACUUCCCGCCAAACUGCUCAAGAAAAUGAAACUGUAUAUGAAGAGGAAAUUCAGAAAGGGUGGGAAGAUGGUGAGGAGGAAGGUGGCUCGGUGUGCGGAGGAAGUUGUUAGGUGUAAGAAACAGAGAGGGUCGAUGAGGGUUCGAGCUCGAACAGAGAGUUUCCUAGUAGAUGGGUUCGGUGGGUGUAUGGAGGAGGUUGAGGAGGUGUUGGAGGAGUUGUCUACAAAGGGUGAGUUUGGCUUUGGAAGUUUUUGGAGAGGAGACGAUGAUGAUGAUGGUGUUAUUGUUGUUCAUUUAAAUCAAGAAAUCGGACAUACUCGUCAAGUAUUUCGUCCCUUUUAAGGGUACAUCGAGCAAGUAUUAGUAAUACUACACGUUCCUUUAUAUUCAUAUAAAGAGUACGCUAUCAAUUUGGUCCAUGUCGUUUGUCGAAAAUAACACUUUUUCGC